AUGGCCGACCAGGAGCAGCACGAUGAAUUCGUGCAUCAUAUCGCUAUCAAGCUUUCCCGAGAGCUGAACAUCAUCAACCCCAAUGACUUGCUCGCUAGGCGGGUUAUUGACAUAGCCCAGUCAAACACCCAGGAUGCCUUCAUCAAAGCGGCCAAGGGCUUCGGUCUGUCUCGAGACUCUUUCUUGAAUGAGCUGCAUGUGGAAAUUAGUUCCCAUUCCAAGCAGGAGGCGGCCGGUCUUGCUCCCCAACCGGUGCACGGCAUCGCGGUCCACGACAGUGAAGUACUGGAGCCUGAACCCGUACGGCAAGGUGGUCUUAUGCGCAAGGACGCGCGACAUGCUUUCCGCGCUCCAGCCAAACCACUUGAACCACCUACGCCCAGAACAUCUGUAUUGGGGCUCGACAAACUCGCUCACCAGAAGCGACUCGAGGCAGCUCAAGCUGACGGGGAUCGUUCGCGGAAGAAGCCCCGUAUUGACGACGAUCCUGUCUUCAAGGGUCAAAAUAUGCGUCACAGAGGAGAGGAGACACCGUCGCACCCUGGUGGGUUAUCUCAGACCGCUAAAGACAGGUUAGACGAGUACAGAAGACAGCGAGAAAGGAACCGAGAGGGUAUACGGGCACACAAUGAACCCAAUCGCGAUCGACCGCAAGGUAUUGGCGACUUCCAGCGACGAGCUAACCGUCGGGAUGACGGGCGCGAUCGAGGUGGGCGGGAUCAACGACGCGACGGCCGAGGCUGGGACGCCACUCCCCGUUCCGAGCGUGGUCACCGUGGCGACGACGCACCCAGCGUUCGCGUGCCCAACGUUGGUUGGGAUUCUACACCUCGUACCCAGCGCGGCAAUGGCAAUGACGGAGGCUGGGGCGGCGCUCGUGAUCGGCGGUGGGACGCUCCUACACCUCGGAUUGUAAGAGAUGGUAGUCCUGAAGAUGAGCGUGGCGCAUUCGGAGUCGACGUUAGGGAAUGGGAGGAGGAACAAGUUAGGCUGGAUCGCGACUGGUAUUCUGGUGCGGAGGACGGCGCGCUCGCUGGUGACGAGGAGCACAACCCGCUCGCGCAGUACGAUGACCUUAGCGCUAUAAAGCAGGCUGAGAUCGAAACAAAACGCGUCAAAAAGAUCUCUGCUCGUCAAGCGCAGUACAAUGCCGACAACGACUUGUGGGAGGCCAAUCGUAUGGUUACCUCGGGUGUCGCUACCCGUAAAGGCGUCGACCUCGACUUUGAGGACGAAUCCGAGUCUGCCGUGCAUGUCAUGGUGCACAACCUCAAGCCGCCCUUCCUGGACGGCCGCCAGGUGUUCACCAAGCAACUCGAGCCAAUCAAUCCGAUCCGUGACCCGACGAGUGACAUGGCCGUUUUCUCCAAGAAGGGCAGCGCGCUCGUCAAGGAGAAGCGUGAGCAGGCAGAGCGUGCGAAGGCCGCAGCGAAGCUUGCUGCGCUUGGCGGUACAGCGCUUGGAAACAUCAUGGGCGUCAAGGAUGAGGAGGCGGAAGCUGAAGGUGCGUACUGUACCCUCCGUGUAUGCGGGUAG